GCGGUGGGGAACUACUGAGAGAGAGAGAUUCAGCAUUUAAAUUUUGUUUCUUGUUUGUUCCCACAAGCCAAAUGCGAUAUGCGAUUGGCGUCAAGUGUCUGAGAAGUUGAAAAGCAUUAAUGGUGUAACCGUGUAAGAGGAAGUUGUUGGAAGCGUCUUUUGAACUCUCCUUCCACGUCUUGCCCCUGUGGGUUGUGGCGAUAUUGUUCGAUUUUUUCCCCUUUUUUCCUGGGGCGUUGGCUUUCGGACUUUGGAGGAUUUUUUCAGCACAACAAAACCCACCAUCCCUCCCCUUUUUAAUGCGAGAUUCUGUCGUUAGAGAUGGAUUUGAAUCUGGAUUUUGUAUCUUUGGUGGGGUUGAUAGUGUUGAAUUUGAAUUGGAACCCGCAAAGUAUAGUCCUUUGAAAGGAUGCUAAAGUUACGGUUUCCCUUAUCAAUGUUAAAGUGAGAUCAUCUGUGGGAGAGAACGAGGAGGCAUCCAUGCAUCUCUUAAUAUGGAAGCCAAUAACUCAUUGUGCUUCUUUGAUAAUGGACAAGAAGGCCAGAAGGAGAGAUGGUUCUGCUUUGGGUUCUCGUUCUGGCGGUUUGACUAUGCUCCGUCAGUUGCAAGAGAACAAGCUCAAGGAGGCUCUUGAAGAAGCAUCUGAAGAUGGAUCGCUUGCAAAAUCCCAAGACAUCGAUGCUGAGUCAAAUCAAGAAAGAACAUCCAUUGGGAGGUCAAGAUCUCUUGCAAGGCUUCACGCCCAGAAGGAAUUCUUGCGUGCUACAGCUCUAGCUGCAGAGAGAACCUUCUGCUCUCAGGACUCGAUUCCCGACCUCCGUGAUGCAUUCUCUAAGUUUCUCACUAUGUACCCAAAAUUUCAAUCCACGGAAAAGAUUGAUCAGCUGAGGCUUGAAGAGUACGGGAAUCUGUCCGAGUCCAUUUCAAAGGUAUGUCUUGAUUAUUGUGGCUUCGGUUUGUUUUCUCAUCUACAAACUCAGCAGCACUGGGAAUCAUCUUCUUUUACUUUACACGAAAUAACUGCAAAUUUAAAUAAUCAUGCGCUCUAUGGAAGUGCUGAAAGGGGCACUGCUGAGCAUGAUAUAAAGUGUAAGAUUAUGGAUUAUUUGAACGUCCCGGAAAGUGAAUAUGUCCUUGUUUUUACUGUUAGUAGAGGGUCUGCGUUUAAAUUGCUUGCCGAGUCUUAUCCAUUUCAAUCAAAUAAAAAGUUGUUGACCAUGUUUGAUCAUGAGAGUCAGUCUGUGAAUUGGAUGGCUCAACGUGCCAAGGAGAAGGGUGCUAAAAUUAGUAGUGCUUGGUUUAAAUGGCCUACCUUAAAAUUAUGUUCUAAGGAGCUGAGGAAGCAGAUUUGUAAUAAAAAGAAGAGGAGAAAGAAUUUUGCAGUUGGGCUCUUUGUGUUUCCCGUUCAGUCUAGAGUAACUGGAGCCAAGUAUUCUUACCAGUGGAUGGCACUUGCUCAACAAAAUAAUUGGCAUGUGUUGCUGGAUGCUGGAUCAUUAGGUCCAAAGGAUAUGGAUUCACUAGGGCUUUCCUUGUUCAAGCCAGAUUUUAUUAUCACAUCAUUUUACAGAGUAUUUGGAUCUGACCCAACAGGGUUUGGGUGUCUUUUGAUCAAGAAAUCUGUAAUGGCGAGCCUGCAAAAUGAGAGUGGCCGUACUGGGUUGGGAAUGGUGAGGAUUCUUCCUGUUUUCCCUCAGUAUUUGGAUGAUUCUGUGGAUGGUAUUGAUGUUUUUACUGGUAUUGAUGUUUUUACCAGAAUGGAGAAUGUUGCCACGAAUGAGACUGAAGAUGCAGUGUCUGAAACGCAUGGGGGGCCGCAAAUGCCUGCCUUUUCAGGUGUACUCACUACUAACCAGGUCACGGAUGUCUUUGAGACUGAGAUGGGACAUGAUAGCAGCUCAGACAGAGAUGGGGCAAGCACCGUAUUUGAGGAAACUGAGAGCGUUUCAGUUGGGGAUGUUAUGAGAAGUCCAAUUUUCAGUGAGAAUGAAUCAUCAGAUACUUCAUACUGGAUUGAUUUGGGUCAGAGUCCAUUGGCAUUUGAUAAUUUUGGGCAAUUAACCAAACAAAGAAUAGGUUCAACUUUACUACCUUCCUGGUUCCUGCGCAAGAAGAGACAUAAUCAACUAUCAAUAAAGCCAACAUCAAAAAUGUACAAGAACCCAAUUUAUUAUGAUGAUGAUGAUGAUGAUGAUCAUGGAUUCCAUAAUUAUCCUGAUCUGUCUGUUGAUGAAACCAUAUUAUCAGUGUCACAUGAGCUUGACCUUACAAAAGCAAUCUUUGAAGAACAACAGUUAGCUGAGACGGAGCCUACUCUUAGCAGCAACAGAGAGAGAUAUGCCAAUUUGAAGCACGCUGGAGAAAUUCAAGUGGGCGCUGAAAUUGGGAAUGGGCCAUUAUUGAGCCUUCAGCAACAUAACCGUGAAAGCAUCUCAGCCUCCAAGAUUAACCAAGAAGCCAAGGAAAGUGCUAUAAGGAGAGAGACAGAAGGUGACUUCAGAUUGCUAGGAAGGAGAGCCGGAGGAAGGUUUUUUGGUUUGGAAGAGGGAGAUCAUGUUGCUAGCACAAGGCACACAAUAUCUUUCAGCAUGGAAGACAAUCAUAGAGCAAACUCAAAUCGCUUGGAGCCAAAGGAAGCAUCUUCAACCACCUUUGGCGAUGAGGAGUCCACAACUGAUGGAGAAUAUGGCGAUGAACAAGACUGGGAAAGGAGUGAGCCAGAGAUAAUUUGUGGGCACCUUGAUCACAUCAAUCUGUUGGGCCUCAAUAAAACUACUCUCAGACUUCGUUAUCUCGUCAAUUGGCUUGUUACCUCCUUACUUCAACUUCAGUUUCCUUCUUCGGAAGUGCCUCUUGUACAGAUAUAUGGCCCUAAAAUAAAAUAUGAAAGGGGUGCAGCUGUAGCUUUCAAUGUGAGACAAUGCAGUGGAGGACAACUAAUUCAUCCAGAAGUUGUUCAGAAGUUGGCUGAUAAAAAUGGAAUCUCUCUAGGCAUUGGCAUACUAAACCAUGUGAGGAUAGUUGACGGCCCAAGACAACACUGUGGGGGGUUUGAUUUUGAAGACACAUCAUUGUGCAAGCCGAUGGCUAGCGCCCACCAUGAUGGUAAAGAUGUGGUUUACCGACUGGAGGUUGUUACUGCAUCACUUGGAUUUCUAACAAACUUUGAAGAUGUGUAUAAGAUGUGGGCAUUCAUUGCUGGAUUUCUUAAUCCAUCAUUUGUUGAAGAUGACAAAUUAUCUGAAGUUCCUGAGGAUUCAGAAGCAUAGGAUUAUUUGAAGGAAUUUUGUUUCAAUUUGUAGCAAAAUCUCGAGGAAGUUAUUGUCAUUGUGAAUUGUGUUCGAGUCAGAAGCAUAGAACUACAAGGUUGAAGCAAUGAAUGAAUGAAACAAAGGGUAUGGUUCUGAGCAGUCUCUUGCUUGUGUCUUUCCAUGGGUGGAUAAUUUGUUAAUUCUUAUUGUUGUAUCUUGGAUUGUAUUAAGUCAGACUCAGUUUCAUGUAGAGUUUGCUUUAUAAGCAUAUAUCAGUUGAGGAAGUUACUCAAAACCAGAAAAAACAAUAGUGUGUCUAAGGAUAUGUUAUACUAAUUGCACUUUCUCUCUCACA